UUCUUUAUUUAUUUUAUUAUAAGGGAUACAAUGUCAACAGCAGCAUCUCAAGCAGUAACAAAGAGUGCUUUCCGUAGAUUUCUUGAUUCACCAGCUGGCCCCAAAACUAUUCACUUUUGGGCACCUGCUAUGAAAUGGGCUUUAGUUAUUGCUGGUAUUGGUGAUAUGCAACGUCCUGCUGAAAAGUUGAGUUUAUCUCAAAAUUUAUCUUUAAUGAUGACUGGUCUUAUUUGGUCUCGUUAUUCCAUGGUUAUUAUUCCGAAGAAUUAUUCUUUAUUUGCAGUCAAUCUUUUUGUAUUUGGUACAGGCACUCUUCAAUGCGGUCGUAUCUUUAAGUAUCGUAUGUCUGAUGAAUAUAAACAACAACAAAAGUUAUUAGAAGAAAAGCAAGCGUAAUCCUGUAUAAAAAUAAAUGAAAUAAAUAAAUUUCAUUAUUAUGUGUAAAAAAAAAAAAAAAAAAAAAAAU